AUGUAUUGUGUCCAAUUACUUAAGUGGCAAUUACCGAGAAUAAUAAAAUUUAAUUUUAAUAAUAAUGUGCCUGGCUCGGGGGGUGCUCUGAUCGGCAGCAGCUACGACUACGCGUACGGCACGCGGCCCAACAACGUGUCGUGCCUGGCGUCGCGCGGCGCGGCGUGCCGCUUCGCACGCGGCCGCGUGCUCGGGGGCUCCACAGCCAUCAACCUCAUGAUGUACACCCGCGGUAGCCCACACAACUACGAAUACGACCUGCCCGGCUGGACCUGGGACGACAUCAAGCCGUAUUUCCUGAGAUACGAAGGGCUACGAGACCUCCACAAAUUGCCUGCGUCAUCGCGCCCGUAUCAUAACACGUCUGGAGUCGUUCCUAUCGGAUACUUCCAGGACGUUAACAAUCCGUGGCAGAAAAGGAUCAUUAAAGGAUUCAAUGCUCUCAAUAUUCCUUUUAACGCGGAUAUUAAUGGGGCAUCACAAAUCGGUGUAUCUAAAGUUCUAGCUUUCACUGCGAACGGUGAGCGCGUCAACACGGCCGAAUCUUAUCUCAAUAUUCCCGGCGUCAGGAAAAACUUACGCCUCCUUAAAAACACAAAAUGUUUGAAGAUUAUUAUCGACGAGAGGAACACGGCGAAAGGUGUUAUAGUCAUUCGCAAUAAUGAAAUAUAUCGGAUGUACGCGAAAAAGGAAGUCAUUCUCAGCGCAGGAACGAUCGGUUCGACUCAUUUAUUAUUACUGUCCGGGAUCGGCCCAGCAGAGCAUUUGCGAAAGCAUAACAUUCCAGUCAAAGCCGAUCUGCCCGUCGGUAGAGAUAUGUCCGAUCAUUUUGCGCCUUUAGUAUAUAUGAAAGUAAACGAUCAACCGACAAAAUCAAAUGUUUUAGCCGUGGGCUCAAAAGUAAUAGAGGGAUUAGAAUGGCUCCUGGCGCGACGCGGCCCGCUGUCGACUUCGGGGCUCACAGAUAUAACCACGUUCGUGAAUACAAAAUGCUACGACUUUAAAUUGAAGCGGCUGCUACACGACCGGCCGGAGUGUGACGUGCCGACGUCGCAGUACAUCCACGCGUACUUGGAGCGCGGUUUCGCCAGACUCGCGAAGCCGAUAUACGACCGAGUGAUCGGACACGUGCCCGAGGUCGCGGACCAGAUGGUGGUGGAGAACGACAAGAGCGGCUUCAUCGUGGUCACGUUGCCCGUGCUGCAGCCCUACUCCCGCGGCUGGAUAGAGCUGGCGAGCGCCGACGUGUACGACGCGCCGGUGAUCAGCCCCAACUACUUGCACGACGACCGCGACGUGCAGGAGAUAGUGCGAGCUAUCAGGAUCCUGGAGGACCUGACGCAGACACCGGAGUACAGGGCACAAAACGCGUCGCUGUUUAAAUACAAGCUGGCGGGUUGUCCGGACGGAGAGGAGGAAGGUUACUGGGCGUGCUACGCGCGGCACAUGACGUACUCGGUGUACCACGCGGGGGGCACGGUGUCGCUGGGCGGCGUGCUGGACGCGCGGCUGCGGGUGCGCGGCGUGCGGCGCCUGCGCGUGGCCGACGCGUCCGUUCUGCCGCGCCUGCCCGCCGCCAGCACGGCCGCCGUGGCGCUCGCCAUCGGGGAGCGGGUCGUAGACUUCCUGCUAGAGGACGAUACACACAAUGCGUGUGCAUAUGGGAAUGCUACGAUGUUAUAG